AUAGAGUUUAGUUGUUGGUAUGGAUGUGGUGCUCACGUGUAUAAGCUUUACGCACACAAAGUGUUAUCUCGCUGACAUAAAUGAUAUAUAUCUAUCGUAAAUAUUGUUAUACAGGUGUGAUAUAUUGAUAUAGAAAAAGUUUACAAUUACAUCAAAAUGCAAUUCGUAAAAUACUACAGUCUUGAGGCCUGACACGUGUCCUUUGCUCGCCCAUAAUGUAACAAUAUUGAAAAUUAACAGUUUCUUCCCAUAUUAAGCAAAUAAUGGAAGAGAGAGCAAUUUUAUGGAUGCUCUCCCUUGUUAUGUUCGUUGGUUCUUGCUUGGCUGGAUCAUUGCCUCUAGUUAUCACUUUGUCAGAAGAUAAAUUACAAUUAGUAUCAGUAUUAGGAGCAGGACUUCUUGUUGGUACUGCAUUAGCUGUGAUCAUACCAGAGGGUAUAAGAGCAUUAUUUAGUAGUGGAAUUACCAGUGAAAGAGAGUUACAUAGUGAUCUACAUUCUUUAAUUGGAAUUAGCCUAGUAUUAGGUUUUAUAUUUAUGCUUUUGAUUGAUCAAUGUUCAGCGAGAAGAAGUGGUGGAAGACAAAAAAGUGUUACAGCAACUUUAGGUCUUGUAGUACAUGCAGCAGUUGAUGGAGUUGCAUUGGGAGCAGCAGCUACUACAUCUCAAGCUGAUGUUGAAAUGAUAGUUUUUCUGGCAAUAAUGUUGCAUAAAGCUCCAGCUGCAUUUGGACUUGUGUCAUUUCUUCUUCAUGAGGGUGUAGAUAGGAAGAAGAUAUAUAGACAUUUAUUAAUUUUCUCUUUCGCAGCUCCAUUUCUCGCUCUUGUAACAUAUUUUGGAAUUGGAAAAGAAGGAAAAGAAACACUGAGUAAUGUCAAUGCAACUGGCUUAGCUAUGUUGUUUAGCGCUGGAACAUUCCUUUAUGUAGCUACUGUCCAUGUUUUGCCAGAAUUAAUGACAAGAAAUAAUAGUUACUCGCAUUUGCCAAGCAUUGAGGGUACAAAGCUAUCUACGACUGGUCUUAAAGUUCAAGAAAUAUUAUUUUUAGUAAUAGGGUCAUUUUUACCUGCUUUGAUUACAACUGGACAUCAUCAUUGACUAAAAUAAAUAUCUUGUAAAAAGUGCUUUUACUACAUCUGUAAUAUGUAUGAAAGUUAUUACUAACUAAAAAAAAAUUCAUUUUUAAUAUA